AAGAAAAGAAUAGAAACUGACCCAAAACCCCUCAGUGGUAAAUCCAAAACCCCGCCGAUAAAAAGCAACAGAGUCCUGAGCAGUUCCAAAUCCAAAAUGACAAUGACUCCGAACCUUGUAUCACUCACUCGUACAUCCCCAUUCUUAAAUCCUUUUGUAGGAGGAUGUUGUUCCCGUAAACCCAUUUUGCAUUCUACUACGAUUUCAGCAAAUCGAAUUCAGACCCGUUCUCACUCGUACGCUCUGAAUUCCGGUAAUGGAAUAGGAUUCCGGCAACUGCGUUUUAGUCCGAAGGCGGUUUCUGAUGAUGGGUCCAACGGAAGUGAUGGUAAUUCUGGUGGCGGAAACAAUCAUGGCAGAGGUGGAGGUGGAGGUGGAGGUGGAGGUGAAGGUGAAGGUGAAGGUGGUGGCAAAGGUGAUGAUAGCAAUUGGUCUUUCCUCUCAUGGUAUUUGGAUCUUCUUGCAAAGUAUCCUGCGUCGAUAAAAGCUCUGACAUCUGCAUUUUUAACCCUCAUUGGAGAUGUUAUCUGCCAGCUUGUUAUUGAUCAAGUUCCAUGUCUUGACGUGAAAAGAACAUUCUUAUUUACCUUGCUGGGUCUGGUGUUAGUAGGUCCGACGCUGCAUUUCUGGUAUUUGUAUCUAAGCAAACUGGUCACGUUGCCUGGAGCAUCAGGUGCAUUCGUGAGCCUUCUACUUGAUCAGUUUCUUUUUUCUCCUACAUUUAUUGGAGUUUUCUUAUCGGCAUUGAUGACACUGGAGGGAAGACCUUCCCAAAUUGUACCCAAGCUACAACAGGAGUGGUUUUCUGCUGUGCUUGCUAAUUGGCAACUGUGGAUACCUUUCCAAUUUCUUAACUUUCGGUUUGUACCACAGCAAUUCCAGGUUCUUACCGCUAAUGUUAUUGCUUUGGCAUGGAAUGUUAUCCUCUCGUUUAAAGCUCACAAAGAGGUUCUUCAAAAAUAGGUAAUUUGGAGACUUGUAUGAUUGUUGGUUUUUAUGCAUUCGCUGUAAGAAGAAAAUACUCUUCUAAAUUCUGAGAACACUCUUAUUUCUGCAUUUUGUGCUACAUCGAGUGGACACGGCCAUGUAUAUUUUUGGCAAACAGCAGAGAAGUACCUGAAAAAGAAACAAGGAUUUUAACAUUAUGUAAUUGGUACAUUUUGUAUUUUACUAUAUUGUUUGAGUUAAACUGAAGAAAAGUGAUCUUCUAGAGUUACAA